AUGGGUAACCUAACCAAAUUGAAGCAGACCACUACUGUGAGAGCUUACCAAGAACAGUUUGAGGUUUUGGCAAACAAAACUCAAAACCACCCUGAAACUUUCUUUAUUAGUUGUUUCAUAAGUGGUCUUAAGGAUGAAAUUCAACCAGGGGUGUUAAUGUUUAAACCAACAUCUAUCACUCAGGCUAUUGGGUUGGCAAAACUUCAAGAAACAAGUAUUGAAGCCAUUACCAAUAAGACUAGGUUGGGAACCAAAUCAGAAGGCAUCCUUCCUUUUUCUGUAAACAGGUCACAAGUGGGUAAUGGAGGAUAUGUUCGAAAAGAGUUAUCUAAGGACUUGGAGGAAAAGAAGGCCAAAGGGUUAUGUUUUAAGUGCAAUGAGAGGUAUACUAAAGGGCAUGUGUGUAAAAAGAAGCAAUUGUAUGUUAUGGAAGGAGGAGAAGAUGGAGAGGAAGAUGAUCAACUACCAGUUCUUGAUGAAGAUAAAAGAGAAGAUGAGGAACAGUUAUCUGGGGAGGAACUGCAGAUUUUUUUGAAUGCUUUAACUGGUACAAUCUCUUAUAGAACAAUGAAGGUUAGAGGUAAUGUUAAAAAGCACCUCAUCAUCAUCUUGAUUGAUUCAGAGAGUACACAUAAUUUUCUGAGUCCAGCAGUGGCUAAAAGAUCUAAUAUCGAGACUGAAAAUACUAAUUCCUUACCAGUAUCAGUUGAUGAUGGGACAAGAAUGUUGAGUACAGCCAUGUGCAAAGAUUUUCAGUGGGAAAUGCAAGGCACAAAUUUUCAGGCUGACAUGAGGGUCCUGCAACUAAAGGGCUGUGAUAUGGUUUUGGAUAUCCAAUGGUUGGCAACUCUAGGUCCAGUUAAGUGGGAUUUUAAGCAUCUUAGCAUGGAGUUUCAUCUCAAUGGCAGAAAACAUGUUUUAAGAGGGGGAAAGAGAAAUGAGUUAAAGGUUUUGAGCCCAGAAAAAAUGCAGAAGUUGCUGCACAAACAGCCACAAGGAGCCAUAGCCCAACUCUAUUUGUUGCAAGCUGAUUGUCUUGUGAGGGAAGAGAAAACUCCACUAGAUUUGGCAGCUUUGCUGUCUAACUUUGCAGAUAUAUUUCAAGAGCGAAAGGACUUACCUCCUCCUAGAUCACAUGACCAUUGCAUCCCUCUCAAACCAGGGACUGAACCUACAAAUGUGAGACCUUACAGGUACCCUUAUUUUCAAAAAACUGAGAUUGAGAAACAAGUAAAAGACAUGCUUACCUCUGGUCUAAUAAGGCCUAGUGUCAGUCCAUAUUCUUCACCAGUGCUAUUGGUUAAAAAGAAAGAUGGCACUUGGAGAAUGUGUGUGGAUUAUAGAGCUCUUAAUAACGCUACUGUCAAAGAUAAGUUUCCUAUCCCAGUAAUUGAUGAACUUUUGGAUGAAUUAUGUGGGGCACAGUAUUUUUCUAAACUGGAUCUCAGGUCAGGCUACCACCAAAUCAGGGUUCAUUCCUCUGACAUUGACAAAAUGGCUUUUAGAACCCAUGAUGGGCACUAUGAAUUUUUAGUGAUGCCCUUUGGACUCACUAAUGCCCCUUCUACCUUUCAAAGUCUCAUGAAUGAAGUCUUUAGACCUUUUUUAAGGAAAUUUAUUGUGGUUUUUUUUUAUGAUAUCCUGGUAUAUAGUGGGUCAUGGGGAGACCAUUUGCAGCAUUCGCAGCUCACUUUGCAAUUGCUUAGGCAACAUCAUUUGUUUGCAAAAAUGUCCAAAUGUGUUUUUGGGAAGGAUGAGGUGGAGUAUUUGGAACAUUUAGUUUCAGCUAAGGGUGUUUUUGUAGAACCAACGAAGUUACAAGCUAUCAAACCUUGGCCAACCCCUUCUACUAUCAAGGAAUUGAGGGGUUUUUUGGGUCUCACUGGUUAUUACAGAAGAUUUAUCCAGUAUUAUGGUCGAAUUUGCUCUCCACUUCAUUAUUUGCUCAAGAAAGAUUCCUUUGUAUGGUCCUCUACAGCUACAACAGUUUUUCUUCAACUCAAAGCUACCCUACUUUCAACACCAGUCCUUGCCUUACCUGAUUAUAGUAAGGCCUUUGUUUUAGAGUCAGAUGCCUCUGGCACCGGCCUUGGGGCUGUGCUUAUGCAAGAUAGGCAUCCCAUUGCCUACUGGAGUAAGGGCAUUUCAACAAGAGACCAAGCUCUAUCUACCUAUGAAAAAGAAUUAAUGGCAGUAGUGUUGGCAGUCCUCAUAUUGGGGCAUUACCUUCUAGGUGGGCACUUCCUUAUUAGGACUGACCACCAAAGCCUGAAAUAUCUUUUGGAGCAGAGAAUGGGAACUCCUUUCCAGCAAACAUGGGUGACCAAGCUAUUGGGUUUUGACUACACUAUCACAUACAAAUGUAGGAAAGAUAACCAAGCUGCUAAUGCUUUGUCCAGGAAAGAAGAGUUGGUCAAUACUGCUGAUGCAAUAGCUAUGAUUCAUGCUUUAUCUUGUAUCUCUACCGGUUGGUUGGCUGAAGUUAAGCUCAGUUGGAGUGAAGAUACUGACAUUCAACAGUUGAUAUUGGACCUGCAACAAGGUCAAGCUCAUGCUGGUUAUGCUUGGGACCAUGAUAUUUUAACCUACCAUGGCAGGUACAAAAGUGAAAAUGUCAAGUAUCCAAGCCUAUUGCAGCCCCUUCCCAUUCCUAAUAGGGUAUGGUCUGAUAUUUCCAUGGAUUUCAUUGAAGGUUUACCAAAUUCUCUAGGCAAGACUGUGAUCUUUGUAGUAGUAGACAGGUUGUCAAAAUAUGGUCAUUUCAUGGCUUUAUCAUAUCCUUAUACGGCUGCAGAUGUGGCCAAAGUAUUCUUUGAUCAAGUGUUUAAGUUGCAUGGUCUUCCUUCUACCAUUGUUUCAGAUAGAGAUGCUGUGUUUACUAGCCAUUUCUGGCAUAAACUUUUCACUUUACAGGGCUGUAAGUUGUGCCUUAGCACUGCUUAUCACCCUCAAACGAAUGGUCAAACUGAAAUUUUGAACAAAUGUUUGGAGAACUACCUCAGGUGUAUGUCUGGAGGUUGUCCUAGGCAGUGGGCUAAGUGGCUCUCUUUAGCUGAGUGGUGGUAUAAUACCACCAAUCAUUCUGCCACCAAAACUACUCCUUACUUUGCAGUCUAUGGACAAGAACCUCCUGACCAUACUUUUUUCCUUUCCACACCUUCUUCAGUAGCAGUUGUGGAUAAUUGGGAAAAAGAGAGGGUUGCUAUUAUCAAGACCCUGAGGGAGCAUUUAACUCAGGCACAGCAGAGGAUGAAACAUUAUGCUGAUAAGGGCAGGUCUGAAAGGGAAUUUGAAAUUGGGGACUGGGUCUUGAAAAGGGUUGGUUCAGUAGCUUAUAAGCUGGAGUUACCAACAACUGCUAAAAUUCACCCUGUUUUUCAUGUCUCACUGCUUAAGAAGAAAAUUGGGACUAAUGUGUUAGCUCACACUACUCUUCCCCCAGUCGGUCUUGAGAGAACUUUGCAACUGGAACCUAUGGCUAUCUUGGAUAGGAGGAUGCUGCGUGACAUGUUAGAGCAAGCCACCAACUAUGUGGUGGAGCUGAAACAGAAUGUGGAGGAGUUGAAGCAAAGGAAGGCAGAGCUCGAAGGCAAUAAUAAGGGUGGUUCUCAAGAUGAGAGGUUACCGGUUUUGACGAUAUGA